UCGAAAGCUCCGCAUAAUAUUAUGAUAAGAGACGGAAGCCUCGGUGUCAAAGUGAAAGUCUGAAUUUGAUCUAAAGUUUUUUCGCUGCUGCUGUUUUGGAGUCUCGUGGUAAACGCUGUGGGGAAUUUACUCCGAUGUGUUAUCGACUAUAUAAAGGAGUUUACCAGAUUUUAUGGACUUGUUUACGUUAUUUUUGUUUAAAGUCUACACUGUAAGAUGGAGGACAGUAGCACUGUGUUCAAAGUCCUGCUAUUUCUCACGUUUUCUGUUCAUCCUUCAUCAGCAGACACACACUCUCUGCAGUACCUCUAUACUGCCAUCACACCAGCAAUACAUUUCCCAGAAUUCUCUACUGUGGGUCUGAUGGAUGGAGGGCAGUGUGUGUACUACGACAGUAACAUCAGGAAGAUGAUACCAAAGACGGAGUGGAUGCAGAAGUUCUUUACUGAUGAUCCAGAUUACUGGAACAGAGAGACAGAGCGUGUGAAGGAUCGUCAGCACCAAUUCCAAGACACAGUGGCUGCAGUAAGGAAGAGCUUGAAUUCAAAUGAAGGUAAUCACACACUUCAGAGGAUGUACGGCUGUGAGCUCCAUGAUGACAGCACUACUAGAGGAUAUGAUCAGUACGGUUAUAAUGGAGAAGAUUUCAUCAGUUUGGAUCUGAACACUGCAAACUGGACUGCAGAUAAUGAUAAAGCUGUGAUCUUUAUAAAGCAGUGGGAUCCUAAAGCAGGAAAGGCUCAAUACUGGAAGAACUACCUGAAGAGUAACUGUGUUGAUCAGCUACUGAAGUUUGUGUCUUAUGGCAGAGAGACUCUGGAGAGGAAAGAUCCUCCUACAGCAUCAGUGUUCCAGAAACACUCGCCUUCUCCAGAGGUGGUGUGUAACGCUACAGGUUUCUUCCCCAAAGCAGUGAAUAUCACCUGGAGGAAGGACGGAGAGGACAUGUAUAAGAAUGUGGAGCUCAAAGAUACGUUACCCAACCAGGAUGGAAGCUUCCAGAAGAGAAGCAUUCUGAAAGUCCCAGCUGAGGAUCUGCAGAAACACACCUACACCUGCGUGAUUCAGCACAGCAGCUUGAAGGAGGAGUUAGUGCUAGAAGUACCAGAAGAAGGUGGAGGACUGAUGCCUAUCAUCGUUGGUGUUCUCGUGGCUCUCGUUGUUCUCGUUGUCGUUGUUGCUGGAAUUAUGGUCUGGAAAAAGAAGAACUCUGGCUUUAAACGUGCUCCAGCUUCUGAAGAGUCUCCAACCACUAUUAAAGUGUGACUGUGUGUCUUUCUGCUGAACUGAGAGAGUAAGACAUGAUGAUGUUUAUGGAAUAAAAAUCUGUGUGGACUGAAAAUCCAGCAGAAAAACCUGAGCUUACAUUAAAUCUCAGCUCAGAGCUGAUCCUGUUUCUUUAGGAGACACCAGGAGAUGGAGAUGAGGACCACACACAAUAUGUAAAAUGUAUUUAUGAAUUUUGUUUGUACAUUUGUACAGUUUUCUAUGUGAUUGUGUUUGUAUGAGGCGCUGUUCUGUUCUGCUCCACUGAGCUCAGUGCUGUAGUAUGUGGUACUGUAUAUUUAUUAAUCUGUAAAUAAAUUCAUUAAAAAAUAAAUAGCUUCUAAAUAAGAACAUGAAGAAAA